GUAAAGGCGGAGCCCUAAAUAUCAGAGGCCUCUCCCUCCCUCUCCUUCUCUCUGUCAAACGUGAAGAAAGAGUGACAUGGGCAGCUCGAGUAAUGGCGCCGCCGGCAACCUUACGGCCAAAGGCAAUGAAGUCGUCGUCGACAAAGGCGUCGAUUUCGCCAACUAUUUCUGCACCUAUGCUUUUCUGUAUCACCAGAAAGAGAUGCUCUGCGAUAGAGUUCGCAUGGAUGCUUACUUUAAUGCCAUUUUCGAGAACAAGGAGCACUUUCGCGGUAAGACGGUGUUGGAUGUAGGAACUGGGAGCGGCAUUCUUGCAAUAUGGUCUGCACAAGCUGGAGCGCGUAAGGUCUAUGCUGUUGAAGCAACUAAGAUGUCUGAACAUGCCCGUGAACUUGUUAAGGCUAAUAACCUUCAAGAUGUGGUUGAAGUGAUUGAAGGUUCUAUUGAGGAUAUAACUCUUCCAGAGAAAGUUGAUGUAAUUAUCUCAGAAUGGAUGGGAUAUUUUCUUCUUCGUGAAUCUAUGUUUGACUCUGUAAUAUGUGCAAGAGAUCGCUGGCUGAAGCCAACAGGGGUAAUGUAUCCCAGUCAUGCCCGCAUGUGGUUAGGACCUAUCAGAUCUGGACAGGGGGACCAAAAGAUGAAUGAUUAUGAGUCAGCUAUGAAUGACUGGCAUAGCUUUUUGGAGGAGACUAAAACCUACUAUGGUGUUGAUAUGAGUGUUCUAACAAAGCCUUUCCAUGAAGAGCAGAGGAAAUACUACUUGCAGACUGCAUUGUGGAAUAACCUCCACCCUGAACAAGUUAUAGGGCUGCCUGCUGUCAUCAAAGAAAUCGAUUGUUUAACAGCCACUGUAAAUGACAUUCUUACUGUUAGAGCAAACUUUUUAUCAUCCAUAACUGUAGAGAAGACAAGACUCUGUGGGUUUGCAGGAUGGUUUGAUGUUCAUUUUCGAGGAAGCAGUGUUAGUCCAGCUAGCCAUGAGAUUGAGUUGACAACUGCUCCUAGCAUAGAUAAUGGGACACAUUGGGGCCAGCAGGUAUUCCUCUUGCACCCUCCUCUUCGAGUUGGUGAAGGGGAUGAUAUGAUGGUCACUUUUUCAAUGAAUCGCUCUAAAGAGAACCACCGAUUGAUGGAGGUUGAGCUUGGUUGUGAGAUGAGAUUGUCAUCCGGGAAGCAGCUCCAACCCCUCGCUAAAAAGUUCUAUAUAGAAUGAACCAGGAAAAUUUUCAGAUAUUCCUGGUCCUGAACAAGACAGAGAGGAAAAAGGCACGACAUAGAACUCAUAAGCCUGAUAUGGGUCAUCUUGGAAUUGUAACUACAUAUGAGCAUCUCUUUGUGGAUGUCUACAGUCGCUUUUUUGCCACCUUGGAAGGUUCAAAUACUAACAAGGGAAUUUGUUUUUUGUUGCCUUAGCAUUCAAAUGCUUUCCUCUUUGUUAGCUUAACAAGAAUUUUGUUUUGAAAUCCGAUGUUGUAUUAAAGGUGACAAAAAAUAUAAGUAUAGUAUAAGUUCUUUCCGUGCGUGUUUUAGAUA